GAGAGCUUUUGACGAGGUCGAGAAGACUCGCGACGACUGCAUCCAAGAGGGUUGUUUCUGACACCACCACGAGCUCAGCUUGACGGCAUAAGUGCAUACACGCUCACCUGCUGGACGCAUACAGCAGCCGAAGCAAAGCAGACACACCACCCAUCUGCCCGCGCCCGCCCAUCGGAAAGGAGAUCCAACCAUGUCUUUCUUCCGCAAGGUUGACUCGGACUCGGAGUCGGAGUCGUCCGAGGAGGAAGAACUGCUUUCAUCUGAAGACGAAGGUCAGGACGCCAAGCCCAGUGCGCCCAAGAAGGGCAGUGCUUUCCUCAGAUCCGAUGGAUCCUCUGACGAAGAUUCUGACGACGACUCCGACUCGGACGAUGACGAUGACGACGACUCGGACAUGGACUCGGACGUUGAGGGCGGCCAGAAGAAGGCGCCCGUGAACAAGUUCCUGCGCGGCGCAGUAUCCGAUGGCAGCGAUAGCGAGGAGGAGGUCAAGAAGAUUAUCAAGAGUGCCAAGGACAAGAGGGCUGACGAGGUUCAGGCGGUGAUUCACUCGAUCCAGAACGCGCAGCGGAUCGAUGACUGGGUCGCCAUCUCCAAGGAAUUUGACAGCUUAAACAGGCUCUGCGAGCGGCAAAAGAACGUCGGAGAAGCCAUCCCAUCCAGCUACAUCAAGGCACUCGUCGAGCUCGAGGACUUCCUCACUGCAUCCAUUGCCAAGGAAAAGCAGGCCGCCAAAAAGAUGAAGGCUCCUUCGGCCAAAGCGAUGAACGGCAUGAAGCAAAAGCUUCGCAAGACGAUCAAGGAAAACGAGGAGAGCGUUGCUUCGUACCGCAAGGACCCCGAGGCAUUCGAAGCCGCUACCGCACAAGCUCCGGCGGAAGCGCCCAGUGCUUCGAGGGAGCGUGCGGCAGCCGGAGAUGCACCAGCGGGCGAAGCUGCUGAUGCGUCCGAGGAGUUCCAGACCGUUGGUCGUGGCGGGCGGGCGAUCGCCAUUAGCAGCGAGGCCCUCUUCAAAACCAUGGCGACCAUCAUGGAGGCACGUGGGCGUAAGAGCACCGACCGGGCAGGCCAGAUCGACACGUUGAACAAGCUCAGCGAGGUCGCCGUCUCUACCUACCAAAAAAUCCGCGUCAUCCUCGCCCUUCUCGCCGUUCGCUUCGACUACAAUGCCUCUGUGCAGGCCUAUCUCCCCGCCGAUCAAUGGGAGGCAGCGCGCAAGGACAUCGACGCCCUGCUUGCCAUCGUCGCAGAGGAUGCUUCUUACGUCAUUCAGGAGGACACGGAAGAGUACGACGACCAGAUCGACCGGCUUCCCAACCAGGAUGGCGAGGGCGAGAUUGUCAAGGUUCGCGGCAGCAUCACCACCUUCCUCGACCGUCUUGAUGAUGAAUUCACCAAGAGCUUGCAGAACAUCGACCCGCACACACCAGAGUAUGUCGAACGACUCUCGGACGAGAAGUGGCUCUACUCGACGAUCAUCCGCGCCCAGCACUACUUUGAGCAGCGUAGCUUGGACGACGCCCUCGACCGUGCGGUCGUGCGCCGACUCGAGCACAUCUACUCGAAGCAAGAGGUCAUCACACAUGCCCUUGAGGCAGCUUGCAGCGACGCCUAUGCGACCACCAAGUCGCGUUUCUGCCCCGAGCCCGCGCAGAUCGCGCAAAAGGGUGGCGCUACCAAGCUGGUUCAUGCCCUCUGCGUCCGGCUUUACCGCAGUCGUGGUGCAGCUGCGGAGCGCGCCAGGACCCGCGCCAUGCUCUGCCAGAUCUACCACCACGCGCUGCACGCGUACUACCAGCUCGCCCGCGACAUGUUCCUCAUGAGUCAUCUGCAAGAGGCUAUUGCUAUGGCCGAUGCCGCCACGCAGAUUCUCUACAACCGUGUCGUUGUCCAGCUCGGGAUAUGCGCCUUCCGUGUUGGCCUCAUCCGCGAGUCGCAGACGGCCCUGCAGGACAUCUUUGGCUCUGGCCGCGUCAAGGAGCUCCUCGCGCAGGGUCUGCAGCGUUCCGGCCAGUACAAUACCAUCACGCCCGAGCAGGAGAAGAUCGAAAAGCAAAGGCAGCUGCCGUUCCACAUGCACAUCAACCUCGAGCUGCUUGAGUGCAUCUACCUCGUCGGCAGCAUGCUGCUCGAGAUCCCCAACAUGGCCUUCGCAGGCAACGACCCAGAGCUCCGCAAGCGCGUCAUCUCGCGGCCCUUCCGCCGCAUGCUUGACUACACGGACCGGCAGAUCUUUAGCGGCCCGCCUGAGAACACGCGCGACCACGUCAUGCAGGCCAGCAAGGCACUCCAGAACGGCGACUGGCAAUCCAGCGUUGAGCUGAUCAACGACAUCAGCAUCUGGAAGCUCAUGCCGAAUGCGGACAAGGUCAAGAAGAUGCUCGCCAAGCGGAUCCAGACCGAGGGACUUCGCACGUACCUCUUCACAUACGCAAGCUACUACGACACUGUCUCCUUCGACCACCUCUCCGCCACCUUUGACCUCACCGAGAGUGAGGUCCGCGCGAUCGUCAGCAAGAUGAUCUGGAGUGAGGAGCUACCCGCGAGCCUGGACCCGUUCAAGAAGGUCAUCGUCUUGCACCGUGCCGAGCUCAGCAAGGUGCAGCAGCUGGCCCAGGCGCUAGCCGACAAGGUCUCCUACACGCUCGAGCAGAACGAGAAGACGCUCGCCGCAGAGACAGCCAAGGGCGCCGGAGAUGGCAAGGACCGGGCCGCUGGGGAUCGCGAGCGCAACGACGGCGGUGGUCCGAGGAGGGAGGGCCGGCGGACCGGCGGCGGCGGUGGAAGAGGGCGAGGGAGAGGCAGAUCUCAAUUUACCCAUAGCUUCAUCGGGCAAAAGGUCUAGAUUUUGCAGUAUAGCCUCGCAAAAUGACCAUCUCGCAUCAUCCAUGCACAUCCACCCAGCACGCUCCGUUCAUGUCCUGCAAGCUUACAAACUUGACAUUUAAUUGGACUUGCGUACGUACAUGUGCUGUGAUGAAAGGAUGUAUAUCGUACAAUGUGAGGCGGU